AUGAUACGAUCAUUAAAUCCUAUUAUACUUGCUGAUUCGAAUUCUCUUUUGGAGAAGAAAAUUGACAUUUCACAAUUGGAUCAUUUUUCAAGAAGUUCAAAAUCAUCAAACGGGAAAAGUUCACCAUCAGAUCAUAAAAAUGAUGACAUCCAAAAGAUUGAAAUCAAAAAAUCACCCGUUCUCGAAUUUAAUUCAAAUAAUGAAGAGAAAAGCCCUUUCUUAGAGAUUCAAAAUAAAAAUUCACCAAAAGCAUCGAGAACUUCUCGUUCUCGUUCUCAUAUUUAUGAUGCACCACAGUUGAAACUAAGUAGUUUUAUAAAUUAUCCAGAAGCAAAGAAUUUUUCUCCUAAAUCUAAGAACAGUUUGCUCGAGUUAUUUAAUCUUGACAAUACCAAUUUAGAGAAGAAGCAAAAUAAGCAAAAAAUUGAUCAUUUAGAGUUAAAAUCUAAAGAAAGUGAUCAUAACUCUGGAUUUGACAAUGAAUUAUCUCUUUCUAUACCUUAUUAUGAGAACCUUCCUCUUGAAACACUAGCUUUCAAAGAAAAUUCAAAUCAUGAAUCCGAUCAAUCGAAAAAUUGUUUGAAUUCUGACGAUUCUUUAACAUUAAUUAUGACAAAUAACGAAAAUAGUAAAAAGAAGCAUGUCCCACCUCCGCGCUUGAACUUUUCGCCAAUUUCAUCAGAUGAUUCCGACACAGAAAGCAGGGAACUGCAAACAGAAGAGCUUUAUGAAAAGUUUUAUAGAAAGCACAGAAAUGAAAUAACAACACCACAUGAUGCAAAGUAUUAUGUUCUUCAACAUAAAAAAGAUCGUUCAACACGAAAAAUGAAAAUCCGAAACGCAUAA